AUGCUCUUGUUGCCACGUCAUCGGGGUUGGACUCGUCUGCUCAUCUCGCAGCAGAUGCUGACGUUGGUGAAGCUGGACGAGACGCAUCUUCACAUGCUGAUGUCAGCAGUCAACAGCAGCCCAGGAGGCCUGCUGUGUGCCCCGUUUGCAAGGCCUCUCCGCGCUCCAUCAUCCAUCACGUUGAUCUUGCCGCUGCUGACUUUGACCAGCUGCCCAUCCCGCCCUCUGCUGCUGCACAAGGGGCCACCGAAGCUGUGGCUGAGGCUGCUGCAGGGAGCCAUGCUGAGGGCAGCCGUGGAAGAAGCGGUGGUAGGAUCAUCAGCACGUUCAUGCCGUCUCAGGAGCAUUGCAAGCGCAGGCGCCUCUACACCAGCGCGCUUACAGUAG